AUGAGGAAGCAAUUAAAGUAUCUUAUUGGUUGCAAAAUUAAAAUUUCUUUUCUUUUCCAGAAUAUUCCAUUUUCUAUUGAAAACAAAUGGCGAUUAUUGGCAGUAAUGUGUGCAUUUUUCGGAAGUGGAUUUGUCUUCCCUUUUGUUAUAGUCAGACACCAGCUCCUUAAGAAAUGAAGAGGACAGGCUGUAAUCUCGCUAACUGGAGCUGAAGCCUUCUACACAGCAACUUUCAAUGGGAAGAUGACUGAAACUAUAUACCAUGCUGGAUAUGUCUGUAAAUAAAUCUUUAAUCUGAAUAUCUUGGACUGUCUGUUUUGUGAAACUCCUGAAGCCCUUCAAAUUGCAAUGCACUGACAUUAGGGUGAACACUGAUGUUCUUUAUCUCCUGUUCUUAAACUGAAAUUGUUAUUUAUUCUCCUUCCUUUUCUUCUCUCCAUCUCUGUAAAGCUAAAAUUGGGCUAAUGGAGUUUUAGGAUGGACUGGAUACUUAAGUCGCUUUGCGAUGCUGUGUGGACAUCUCAGAAGUCUUUAGAGUCACUGUAGAGUAAUGACCUGGGAUAGAUUAGGCAAUAAGCCUAACAGUGGGUAUGCUGUCAGUAAUCCAUGCCACAGAAUUUGCGUCUUCAGUAUUUCAGGUUGAUUAGUUGAAAACACUUAUUUGGUUUUGUUUCCAUGCUUAGGAGUUUCUCAUGAGUUUUGUUGAAGUUCUUCUGCUAAAGAUCCCUUCUGUCUGCUGCCUUAUUGCUGUGAAUAUAUGGGUUGCCCUAUGAAGAGUCUUAGCUGAUUUCCUAAUGCUUUAGGCUUGGGGUAUAAAGUAACUGGAAACAAGUAUAUAACAAGGCAAUAACUACAGCCCGUGCCAGAAAACCUAUUGGUGAUAGGGAUUCUAUAGCUUAUCAAAAUUUCUUAGUUAUUACUAAGAAAUUAGUUGCUGUAUCUAAAGAAUUGAUAGCUUUAAGUUUGCAGUUCUAGUCUUAGUGUACAUUCGUGCCUAAUAUAUAAUCUGAAUAAUUAAAGGCAAUCUCUGAACUGUUAAGAAUACUGUCAGGAUACUUCUACCAACUUGGAUAUGACAAUCAUAAAUUUAAAUGAGUGCCCCUGUUCAUGGCAUAGGUACGAAGUCAUUUUCAUAUUAAUCUAUGCUGCAGUAGUGUAUCUACUUAUUUUUAGCAGCUCUUUGUUGGGAGUACUUCACUGGCUAAAUAUGUAACUUCAAUACUGGGUUAUGCUAGUGUAUUUGUUAUUUUAUCCUUUCAAAUAAUGCUGUUACCAGAAUUUUGAUUUGCUUUCCUUGAGUGAGGUUCUUUGGCUUGCUUUUCUUCCUAAAACAAGCUGUUCUAUAACAGUGUAAUAUGGUUUGCAACAUCUGUCAGCUUGUGAACUUGAAAGGUCACUUCCACAACAGUUCAGGUUCUGCUAGUAUAGUUCAAAUCUAGGCUAAUAUCAGUUGAUUGUGAAAUACAAUCAAUGAAGUGUGUAAAAGGGGCAAAAAAUAUCAUAAUGGAAUAGUAAUUGGGUGCCACAUCUCUCUUCCUAGUGGUGCCUUUAAAAUGAUGAGUAGUGUCUGAAGAGAUUGGGAAGAGGCAAAGAGGAAGAAUAUAUCUGUUGAUAAAACUGUCACUGGAAGCAGAAGAAAACCUAAUGAAGGAUGGUGAUUUUGGUCAAAGGACCAGCAAUGGCCAAAGGAAAAUGAUUGUAUGGAGAAAAUCUCAUGAUUCAGAGGAAGGAUCCCAAACUCUAGAGGUUUCAGAUUGUAAGAAUGAGGUAUAAUUUGUUUCUUACUGUAACUUUUCUUUUUUGUCUAAAGAAUAAUUGCUUUGAACAGACUUUUACAGAGUGUGUUGUCCCUUCAUGUCUUGGAGUGAACUAAUGUGUGUUUACAGUGUGGCUGUCAAAGCAUUCUGUUCCCCUGUUAUCUAGGAAAUCUGGAAAAGCUGACAGUAAUUUCUUGGUCUAGGGAUGGGACUAUAGCUUCUUCCAAGAAUUGAGAUGCUAUAAAAAAAAAUUGUGCUGCUUAUGCAAAAAUCAAAUUGAACUACCUUUGUGGGAGCUUCUAGACACUCAUGUGCAACAGGAAGUAGCUGAGACUCAAGUCAGAUGUCUCUGUUGUGCAGAGUAAAUAGUGAAAGCCUGUUACAGAAUCACAUUUUUCGUACAGCAUAGAGAUUUAACUUCCAUUGUGUAUUUAACUUGUAGCACUCACUAGUGCUUGAUCACAUUUUAAAUAAAGCUUUCUCUUUCAUAGCUUU